GCUGUCUUUUACAUUCAUCACGAGCUUGUCAGAAAAUUAUUACUUCCACAAAAGGAGCCUGGACCUGAGGCAGUGCAGGACUCCUAUAAAAGGCAGCCCAACUCUCUGCUCUCUCAUUCAUUUCUCUCGCCUCCUUCUCCUUGGGAAUCAGGUGAACUUCUGUCCCAGAGACAUGUCCUGCUGCAACCCAUGCGUGCCCUGCCAGCCCUGUGGCCCAACCCCACUGGCCAACAGCUGCAAUGAGCCCUGUGUCAGGCAGUGCCAGAGCUCCAAUGUCGUCAUCCAGCCGUCCCCCGUAGUGGUGACCCUGCCUGGCCCCAUCCUCAGCUCCUUCCCACAGAACACCGUUGUGGGCUCCUCCACCUCCGCUGCUGUUGGCAGCAUCCUGAGCUGUGAGGGAGUGCCCAUCAACUCUGGGGGCUUUGACCUCUCCUGCAUUACCAGCCGCUACUGUGGCAACAGAUGCCGACCCUGCUAAAGCUGCUGGGAACUUUCAUAAGCAAGAACCUAUCAAGACCUUGGAACAUGGUCCUUGAAAGGAGAUAAAGCCUCAUGGCAUUGCACUCAGAGCUUUGAACCAACAUUUCCUUCUUCCACUCAUCUCUCUCUCUCUGUUUACUCUGGUCUUUCUCUCCUUCAUGACUAGCCUAGUUGAGACCUGUUGGUCUCCUUCCCUUUUCAGGGCAUUGAGACCAACACCCUGCACGACUAUCACUGCAUCCAUGUGGCUGCCCAUGGUACUCCCUGUGAGCCACCUCCUUUUCUUCUUGAGACUCAAUAAAGUCGUGCUGCAUCCAA